AACCAAAGGAACUUUGCCCAACUUCAACAGCGUCGCUGUGGCUCUGCGAACCCUAACUCGCACAGAUCAGGAGGAAAGAAGUUCAGAUUAGGACGACCAUGGAUUCUGCAGCGCGUAGGAGUGGAGGAGGCCUCCUUGAAGGGCUUUACAGAGUUAUUAUGCGUCGGAAUUCCGUUUAUGUCACCUUCAUUAUCGCCGGCGCUUUUGUUGGAGAGCGGGCUGUGGAUUAUGGUGUUCACAAACUCUGGGAAUACAACAAUGUUGGGAAACGGUACGAGGACAUUUCAGUUUUGGGUCAAAGACCAUCAGAAGAAUGAUAGUCUCCUUGAUGAUUUUUUAUGGUCAUUUUAUUGUCAUAAACAACUAGACAUCUGAUUUAUAUUUUUUAAAUAAGUUUUACAUAUCGGAUUUUGCCCACCUUACAUAUUGACUCUUGAGCAUGGUGGUCUUUUGAUGUCAGUUCUUGUUAUUCCUGUUCAUCUAUGAAAUUACCAAUCAAAUGUUCCUGUUUUAUCAGGCUGUAUUACAUAGCAAAUCGAGGUGAGUCUAUUUAUUGUCA